AACGGGAGAAAUUCGCUAAAUUUGCCGAAUCUUCUCCUCCACAUUGCAUAGGCGAUAUUUCAUUUGUAUUUUUGGUAUUUUUAACGAUGUGGUAUGAAAUAUUGCCUUCAUUUGGCAUAAUCGUCGGGGCGCUGAGUGUGCCAUGUUAUGCCAUGUAUUUCUGUAACCAGCUGGUUUACAAGAAUCCCAACGUUAAGUCACUGAAAUACCUCGAGAACAGACAAGUGCUGAGGAGAGACCAGAGGCUCUUUGGAGACUACUACAAAUGGAAGGGUCUGGAGAACAUCCCCGACAAAUAAGUGAUGCUACCGCCACCGUGAAUUCCUGCAGUCUCUCCGAGUGUUCGUGACAUGCUUUGUGCGUGCAUCUAUAGCCAACAUAUGAUGUGAAUACACCUGUAAACUAGU